CGUCUCUUGUACUAAAAAUUGUUGUAGCUAUAUGCUGAGCAGGUACCCUUGUGUUUAUGUCACAACCAUGUUACGUACUAUUAUUACACAGCUGCUUAUCGGAGUUGGCCAACCUACCAGAGUCCUGUAUUAUUUGCUUCUUCUUGGAAGUGAACAUUAGCAACGAGACAGAGUGUCUUACAAUUCCUGCCAGCAACUUUGAGAAGACUUAUGGACUCAUGCUACUCAGCAAGAAGGAACUCAUUAACUCUACAGCCAACCCAUUUACUAACCAGAGUCAAAUCAGAGGUUAUUUGACAGCGUCGGUUGGUGGUGUAGGUGACUUGGUAUGUACUCAUUUAUCCUCUCAACUUGUUCCUCCUCCUCUCUAUGGUGAGCAACCACUGCAUACAGCUAAUUCGCUAACAGACUCUAACCAACCCCGAUGUUUCCUUAUGAUGGCUGUUUAG